UUUAUUGAUAAUACAUAAUUGAUAGUAAAUAAUAUUGAUGAUAAUCAAUCAUCAAAUAAUAUUGGGCUUGCUUAUUUGUCUCGCGACAGCUGGCGUCAUUCGCAUCCAAAACUAGAAUGUGCGUUUUACUAUCUAUUUUUCAUAAAACUACAACUAUUAUUACUGUAAGUACAUAUACUAAACACACACAUACAGUACGUUAUUGAAUCGAUUCCUAAACAUUCGAUUCAAGUAUCGGUAUCGAUAGAUGGCGCACGCGCUUUCGUGUUUCCAAGCAACGGUGUGUGUUUACAGAGCUAGUUCCUGGCUGGAGGUUUGCUGCGCGACAAAUAAAUAAAAACACAAAUAAAAACACUAUUUGUUUCGAGUUAAAAGGUGUGAAAAAAAGGGAAAAGUUAAUAUUAGCACCAGCUGACAGAAAUAAACGGAAUGGAGUUAUCUGACCGUAUCGGAGCCGCUCAUCUGGACCGGAGGAGAAACCGAGAGCUGCAGCGACAAGAGCGCAUUUUCAACACCAAAGUCCGGACUAUAGGAAUUGAUAAAGAAGCUCUGGAGCAUCAGGUCCAGGAAAAGAAACAGCAAGAAGAAUCAGUGGCCAAAGAGCUGAAGGAAUAUGCUGAUGACCUCAUAUGUGCUGACCUUACCGCAUGUCUGCUGGAGAGCAGGCAGAAGAAAGAUGAACGUCUCCUAGCCGAGGCCAUCGUCAGCUUCCGCCAGCAGUUCCAGCAGCCCAGCAGCAGGCGAGAGUUUGAUCUGAAUGACCCCAAUGUGCUGAAGAAGCAGGAAGGGGUACGCAUUUUGCCCGGGUUGGUAGGCGAGGAUCUGGACAGUGGAGGCCGGACACGGAGACAGCGGGAGCAGCUGAGAGACUGGACCUUACAGCAGCAGCAUGAGCUGCACCAGGCGAAGGAGGUGCAGAGACUCAAAGCUCAGCAGUACGAUCAAAGUAAGCUAACACUGGAUAACCGAGCCGUCGAGCUGCAGAAGAUGGAGGAAGAGCACAAGAGAGCCACAAACAUCGCCAUCAAUGACUUUAAUCAAGCUCUGGCAGUGGGAUUGCGAGAGCGGAGAGAAAGAGAGCGACAUCAGGAAGAAGAGAACAACCAAACUGAUAUCCUGAACCAGCUGCAGGGGGACCUGCUGAGCGAGAACCCGCAGCGGAGCACCAGAGCACGCAGGGACUGCUACAAGGGCAUGACACCCGAGCAGAUCCGAGAAUACACCGAGUGUCAGCGGCAGCAAGCUGAGGAGAAGAGGCAUGUUUGCAUGAAGCAGCGGCAGGAGCAGCUGCAGGAGGACCGCAUGCGCAUGGCUUCGGCUCGGGCUGCACUGCUGCAGGAGAGACAGCAGGCGAGAAUUAACAAGCAGCUGCGCAGGGCUGUGGACGAGACUAACAUACGACUGGCCCAGGCUCAGCAUGCGCAGUGUGUACCACACACACACACACACACACACACACACACUCUUACACCUGUAGACCAGGAUUUCGUUUCUCAGAAGCAUCACAGAAUAACAAACACUGUUAAUAUUUUAUUUAAAGUGGUACACAAUGGCUUGCUUAAAUAUUCACCCCCAUCAGACAAAAUUAGUUGUAAUUAAUCGUCACUUUAUCUCACGGCAAAUCCACUUGUGCCUAGAGUUCACUGAAAACACAUCAUACCUAAACAAACAACAGGUACACCAAGUCCUGGAAAGUCAUAAUUCCUGGAACAUGUCAGUGAUGGACUACAUCAGACUUCAAAAGACUUAAAGACUUCGUCAUUAGAAGCAACCAAGAGGACUUGUAAUAUUUGUCUUCCAGCUUUAAUAAAACUUGGGUCAAUAUUGUCCUGAGUUUUAUUAAAUCAUGUCCUGUAAAUCAUGUAGUCUGAAACCCUGCCACCGGCUCUAGCAUCCAGGAGUCUCAUUUAUCAAAGCAUGCCUAGAAAAAGGUCUAGAUUUGUGUGUAAAGAACACCAGUACUUUCUAUCUCAUGUACAUACUCAUACACUAUAUUGCCAAAAGUUUUGGGACGUCUGCCUUUAUAUGCACAUGAACUUUAAUGUCAUUCCAUUCUUAAUCCGUAGGGUUUAAUAUGAAGUUGUCCCACCCUUUGCAGCUAUAACAGCUUCAACUCUUCUUGGAAGGCUUUCCACAAGGUUUAGUUUAUGGGAAUUUUUGAUCAUUCCUCUAGAAGCACAUUUGUGAGGUCAGGCACUGAUGUUGGACGAGAUGGUCUGGCUCUAAUUCAUCCCAAAGGUGUUCUAUCAGGUUGAGGUCAGGACAGUCAAGUUCCUCCACACCAAACUCACUCAUCCAUGUCUUUAUGGACCUUGCUUUGGUCACUGGUGUGCAGUCAUGUUGGAACAGGAAGGGGUCAUCCCCAAACUGUUCCCACAAAGAGCAUGAAAUUGUCCAAAAUGUCUUGGUAUGAAGCUGAAGCAUUAAGAGUUCCUUUCACUGGAACUAAGGGGCCGAGUCCAAGCCCUGAAAAACAACCCCAUACCAUAAUCCCCCCUCCACCAAACUUUACACUUGGCACAAUGCAGUGAGGCAAGUACCGUUCUCCUGGCAACUGCCAAACCCAUUCUGAUAGGUCUCUCCAGAGAACACAUCUCCGCUUCUCUAAAGUCAGUGGCUGCAUGCUUUACACCACUGCAUCCAACACUUUGCAUUGCACUUGGUGUAAGGCCCGUCUGCAGCUGCUCGACCAUGAAAACUCAUUCCAUGAAGCUCUCUACGCACUGUUCUUGAGAUAAUCUGAAGGCCACAUGAAGUUUGGAGGUCUAUAGCUGUGGCCUUCAUUUUGUUAUACCACUAACAGUUGACCGUGGAAUAUUUAGUGAGUGUAGUGAGGAAAUUUCACAAAUGGACUUAUUGCACAGGGGGAAACCUAUCACGGUAACACUGAGCUCCUGAGAGUGACCCAUUCUUUCACAAAUGUUUGUAGAAGCAGUCUGCAUGCCUAGGUGCUUGAUUUUAUACACCUGUGGCCAUGGAAGUGAUUGGAACACCUGAAUUCAAUGAUUUGGAGGGGUGUCCCAAAACUUUUGGCUAUAUAAGUUUAGCUACAGUUCAUAGAUAAAUCCAACAUGUACACAGAAACACUCAUUUGCAUUAAGAAACGGCCCAAAUUGCCAUAUAUGGUAAACAACUUCUCAUUAAUAAGGCAUGCAACUGAUGAACUAGUAAUCACUCUCAGUAUCUUUUAAAGACGAUUUGCAGUCUGUCUGUCAUAUUUUGUAAACGACACACAUAUACAUUAGUGAUAAAUUAGAUCUCAGAGAAUUAUACUUGGGCACUUUGAUAACAAAUGGACGAAUUUUGAUCAGAUAUCGAGAUUCAAAACAGGUUCACUUCAACAAAGUUACACUCUACUGUUUUACAGGACUGUUUGGGAUCACUUGUGUUGAAAAAUUUCCUUGCUUUCCAAAGAAAAGCUUUUCCCAUUUUUUUUCCAUUUCAAAAAACAUAAAAUGAAUCAGAUGAUUUUUAAGGAAAGAUCAUCAGUCCUCUCUUUCAAUCUCAUGUUUUUUUUGCUAAUCCAAGAAAAGGCUAAUUGCUUAUUAGAAAGGCCCUUUGUAAUGGUGCUAGCACAGCUGUAAACUGUUAUACUGAUUUAAAGGGCAAUAAAAGCAGCCUUCUUUAGGUCAGUGUAGUAUCUGGAACAU